UUAGGCUCGUAUUACUCAUAACAAAGACCUCUAGCACGAGUCAGUCAGGCACUAUUGGGGUCACUAGAGUUUAAAAAAUGACUACCUUAAGACCGUUUCGCUGCGAAGACAUGUUUCACUUCAACAAUGUCAAUCUGGAUCCUCUAACUGAGACAUAUGGACUGUCUUUUUACCUGCAGUACUUGGCUCACUGGCCUGAGUAUUUCCAGGUGGCUGAGUCACCCAGCGGUGUCAUCAUGGGCUAUAUAAUGGGUAAAGCUGAAGGGCAUGGUGAUAACUGGCAUGGUCAUGUUACUGCCUUAACUGUUGCCCCGGAGUAUCGACGCCUUGGUCUUGCUAAGCAGCUCAUGGCCAUCCUGGAAGAUAUCUCAGAAAAAAAGCGAUGUUACUUCGUAGACCUGUUUGUGCGAGUGAGCAACCUGGUAGCCAUCACAAUGUACAAGAAACUGGGCUAUAUUGUUUACCGUACUGUGUUGCAGUACUACUCGGGAGAUCCAGAUGAAGAUGCUUAUGACAUGAGAAAAUCACUGUCUCAGGAUGUUAAAAAGAUUUCAAUGAUUCCAUGCAAGAAUCCAAUAAAGCCUGAGGAACUAUAUGCUUAAUACUGUACUCUAUGAAGGAUUGUACAGUAUAUUAGACAUGAGGAAGGCAUUAUCACGUGAUGUACAUCAGAAAUCAGUUGUCCCAUUAACACAUCCUGUAAGACCCGAAGACAUAGAAUAGCAUUUAUUUAGGAAUAUAAUUUAUGUACCGAUGUGUUUCAUUAUUAAACAUGUGAAAUUGUUCA